AUGAAGAGGAAGAGGAAAAUAACACGCGAUGCACGCGUAGAUAAGCGCCAGAAGACCGAUGCUCCACUCAACGCUCAACCAACAUGGCCUUUGCUGCGUCACUACUAUCCGGAAGUGAACACCCUAAGGCACUACCUCGUUUCGAAGUUGUCGGGCUCAAAGAAGCGGCAGAGAAAACUGUUGCACUAUGGCCGAUCCAAUCGUGUCAGCCCGUCUACGGUUCACGAUCAAGCUGUGAUAAGACUACUCGACGAAAUAGUGAUUGGAACGGCGGAAAAGCUGGAAAGCAUCGAUGCGGAAUCCCUCGAGGAAGACAUCACCAUCUUCACUCAGCAGCUAUCCCGAUCGGAGUGCACCAUCUCCCCAACACAGGGAUCGUUGAGCCAGGCGGAGAUCGUCGACUUCGCCAUCUGGCUGCUUUUCAAAAGGCAUCAAGGUCUGCAUAGACCAUCUCAUCUCCUGGCUCACGGCUUCUCGAAGUUUGCCGGUGGCCCAAACAGUGGCGAGCAUUGGGGGGUCGUUCCCGGCGUGCCUGGGCUCUGGUCGAGCGGAAGCAAUCGACAUGUCGAGGCGUUGAAGGCCCACCCCUGGGCUGCAAUUCCCCGACUGCUCGGCAAAGGCGCCGAUGCCAUCCUCAGUGAUUUGCUCUUACGCUGUGGCGUUUUCGAAAGUGUAAGCCAAAGCAACAACCUGAGUCAGAUGAGUGGACCGCCUCUGUGUGAUCUGAAGCCGUUUCCUCAGCCCGAGAGAACAUCAAAGAGAGCCUCCGCGGCAGCGGGUAUCGCAAAGCGUAGUAUCUCCGACAUACGCUUCAUCCGUCAUCGUAUGCUCUACGCUAAGCCCGGGCUGAACGAGCGGGCGCAGCCAGUUGGUCUUGGACGUGCUCAUGUCCUUAGCAGAGACCUCGACGUUGAUGACGAGCAACAGACCGUGCACGUUCUCAAGUACAUCUUCCCGCGGCAAUUCGAUCUGCACAACGUCUUCACCUCCUCAAGAGAUUCAUCGAUCUGA